ACUAUAGCUCGAUGACCGGUUUUGUUUGUUUCCUCGGCUUUCGCUUCAACUAGAUAGAAUUCCCAGAGAGCGGUUGCCCAGGUAACCGCUGCUUGCCAAAUAAGGAGGAACGGAUUUCGGGUCCGUAGAGAAUCGGACUUGAUAAGUAUUUAUACUCCCAAACUCUUACAGAUACUACCUGGUAGAAACUCAUCACUACAAUUGCUUUGAAUUCAAACAACUUGAAGAUAAAAACAACAAUUGGACUGUGAUCUGAAUUAAACAUAAGAACUGACGAGACGGGAUCUUAACUUCCGAGGGUAGCUGAAUGCGGUGUAAAGAACAUCAGUAAACGCAACCACAUAGCUAAGGAGUCAAGAUGGUGGCCAGAAAAGUUCCGAAAGAGGUCCAACAAAUAUUUGAUCGCUACAUCAAGAACAAUGUAAGGCGUCUGAAAAAGGCAGACGCCAUCAUCAUGCUGAACAAAGAGUUUGAAUUAUCUGAGGAGCAAGCGAACGUUAUGUUUGACACAUUUGAUAAAGACAAGAAUGGAAUAAUGAGCAUUUGGGAGUUCCACCAGUUCUAUCAAACAGUUGGAGCAAGUGCACACGAAAUGGUAGAGAAAUUCAAGGAAAUGGAUAAAGAUGGCUCUGGGCAGUUGGACGCUGAUGAGGCGCGUGAAGGUCUCCGUUCAAUCAAAGUGGCCGAUGGGCGACCUCUGGCGGAAAAGGAAAUUGAAUUUUUUAUUAAAUCUACAGCCGGAGAGGACAAUGUGAUUGAUAUUGGGGAGUUCGCUAGCUUACUAUUCAGGCUAAAAUUGUGUAAGAAAUAGAGACUUCAAUUUAUUGACUAUCAGAACUUCUUCAAACAGACUUUCUUUCCAUUCUGCUCCCAUGGAAUUUUGGCCAUUAAGUUGAAUGAACACCAUAGUACUACUUUUGUAGAAACAGACUCAUGAAUGGAUUAUGUUUUGAUCCGUUACAAAAGGGUACUGAGGAACCAGAGAAUAAAAUGAAUCUUACGCAAGAGCCAUCUUUUAUUGCUAAUCAUUGGUAUAAUGAACAGUAUAAAUUACCAUGUCCGUUUAAACUUGAUUCUUCAAUAUAUAUUUGAAACAACAGCAAAACACCAUUAUAUAACAAGUUCUUAUAUUUUAGGUAGAAAAGACUAUAUUUAUACAAUAUGCAUGUUUUUGUAAUCGUACACUGUUAAAAUGUUAUAUUUGUAUUAAGAAAUAAAGAAUAUAAAAGUUAUAGAGUAUCUAUUAUGAUUAUCUAGAAUUUACUGGCUUGGAAAAUUACAAUCUGC